UCAAUCUGUUUGUCUCCAUGUUUUUUAGAGGGUCAGAGCCUGUGGAGUUCCUGCUCCCUCUUGUGGCUGGUCUUGGAAACAACCGCAACAGUCUGGACAUAGUUUCCAACCUGAACUCGACCAGAAGCGACUGGGUGUUGGUUUACGGAACCAGCACGCUGUCCGUGCUCAGACACCAGGACUUGCACAAAGCGUGGACUUUCAGCUCAGCUCAUAUUCACAGUCAGCCAGCUUUGGGGAACUUCAACAACGAUGGAGUCCUGGACCUUUUUGUUCAGCAUUCUGCAAACGGCAUCAUGACAGCACUGAUUAUUAACGGGGCAAAUGGCACCCUCCUCUGGAAGGCCGAGUUCGUGUGUCCUCGUCUCGUUUUGGAGGCCUCCGCUAUAUCGACCUCAACUGGCCAAUCAGCUUUCCUUUUCUGGGCCAGCGACCCAAUCAAAACGCAGAGGAACGUUGCCAGAGCAACAAUGGCACCGGGCGUCGCUGCAGCCGAGCCGCUCAUCAGGAAGCUCUUCCUUAUCCAUCCUGCUCAUCCCACAGUUCUGCUGCAGCUCAGCAGCACAACGGACACAGCAGUCACAUCUGCAGUGAGUUACCUGGAGCACCUGAAGGACGCCACCUACAUCACCGUGUCCUCCAGGCCGAUGGCCGACUCAGAGCCCAGCACUCGGAUAGUGGAGAGCAUGAGCCUCAGAGCCGCCAUCAAGAGAGGACAAAUCGUCCAGCUGGGGGGGAGAGAGAAAACCGAGGCGGCCGGUAAACUUGCCGCGCUGGAGGCGAACAACUUCUUCAGGCGUCUCACCUUCAAGCGUCAGGGAUGAGCUCUGGUACCACAAGCUGGCGUCACGAGGAGCCGGAGAACCUGGAUGUCGUGUGGGGGACGGACGACAGACGUGAACGUUGCUGCACUAAUGGGUCACAAUUCACUUAAAGCUUGUUUACAUGCUGUUAGCUCUGGUGAGAAGUUUUACAUUCUUGUGAACUUUUUCUUUGAAAAAUGUUUUUGUCAUGCUGAUUUGUGUUGUUUUUAUCGUCAAAUGUCUCGUAACUUAUUUCCCUUUUUAGUAUUUAUUUAACUGAAGCAGAGCAACUUUUAUUCUGUAGUAGAAACACAAUAUGAUUGCUGCUAGAAGAAUUGAAUGCAUCACAUUUCUGGGUAUAGAUCUUCCAUAUUUACUGUGCUCAUGUAACAUGUUGUCAUAAAGCUACGUUCAUCUGCCUUCUCCUCAACACCAAGUUAUACUAGAGGGAGUCUGUAAAUAUUUAAUAAUGCAAAGUAUUUAUUUUCUGUGAUGCUUUUUGAUCGUUUUUUUUAAGGACUGGACGAUUGAGCAAUGUUUUAUUACGUGCUGUAAUGAGCUGGGAUAUUAAACAAUGGAAGUGGAAGUAAACCUGUACCUACAGUUAAGUUUCUUGGUUGUUUGUGCAUAUCCAUGUAUCCAAAUAGUAGAGUGGGCUGCAUUGGCUCUGUCGUAUGGAACGUCACGGGGGACAAAAAUACUGCACUUCAGCUUAGUUUUUCAUAGACACAUAAAGUACUUGUUGUAUUUCAGCACUGUAGCAACUGAGCGUUAUCGUAUCCCCAUCUGGAGAGUGUCAUGCCUUGAAAACCUGUACAAGUAUGCUUGCAAAACAGGGUUUUCUGGAAUAAAAGUGGCACGAAGGUUUA